AUGGCGUCGACUACGCGAGAAAAGUUUGUGUCUUUCAUAAACAACAGAUGGCUCGUCUUCGUGGCGGCCAUGUGGAUACAGUCUUGCGCUGGGAUCGGUUACUUGUUCGGAAGCAUUUCCCCGGUGAUUAAAAGCUCCCUUAACUACAACCAGAGGGAGCUUGCCAGACUUGGAGUCGCCAAGGAUCUUGGAGAUAGUGUCGGCUUCCUCGCCGGGACUCUCUCCGAGAUUUUGCCUCUCUGGGCCGCUCUCCUCGUCGGCGCCGUUCAGAACCUCGUCGGUUACGGAUGGGUUUGGCUCAUCGUCACCGGACGAGCACCGAUCCUGCCUCUAUGGGCUAUGUGUGUUCUGAUAUUCGUUGGGAACAAUGGAGAAACCUACUUCAACACUGGAUCGUUAGUCUCUGGCGUUCACAACUUCCCCAAGAGCAGAGGUCCGGUGGUUGGUAUCCUCAAGGGGUUCGCUGGGCUAGGUGGUGCGAUCCUCUCUCAGAUAUACACAACGGUCGAUUCGCCUGACCAUGCCUCCCUCAUUUUCAUGGUCGCCGUUGCGCCUGCCGUUGUCGUUGUUUCCCUCAUGUUCUUCAUCAGACCCGUUGGUGGUCACAGGCAGCUCCGUUCCACGGAUGGAGCCAGCUUUACUUUCAUCUACGGUGUCUGCAUCCUCCUCGCUGCCUAUCUCAUGGCCGUUAUGCUUAUCGAAGAUCUCGCCGUUAUUAGCCACAACAUCAUCACCGCGUUCACCGUUGUCUUGUUUGUGAUUCUUCUUGCACCGAUCUUGAUCCCGAUCAUGACGAGUUUCUUCACGGAUACAAACGGUCCUGUUGAUACAAUCGAGGAGCCUCUCGUCCCGAAACGGGAAGACCAAGAUCCGGGACUGAGGACACCUGACUUGAUCUUGAGUGAAGUUGAAGAUGAGAAACCGAAAGAUGUUGACUUGCUUCCUGCGUCAGAGAGACAUAAGAGGAUUGCUCAUUUGCAAGCACAGCUGAUGCAAGCAGCUGCAGAGGGAGCCGUUCGUGUGAAUAGACGGAGAGGUCCUCACCGUGGGGAAGAUUUUACUCUGACGCAAGCACUUGUAAAGGCUGACUUCUGGCUGAUAUUCUUCUCCCUGCUGCUCGGUUCUGGUUCGGGUUUGACAGUGAUUGACAAUCUUGGUCAGAUGAGUCAGUCUCUCGGUUAUGAUAACACUCACGUCUUUGUCUCCAUGAUUAGCAUUUGGAACUUCCUUGGACGUAUCGGCGGCGGUUACUUCUCCGAGCUCAUUGUCAGGGACUACGCAUACCCAAGGCCAGUAGUAUUGGCUGUGGCUCAGCUGGUAAUGUCAGUGGGACACAUCUUCUUUGCGUUUGGAUGGCCUGGAGCGAUGUACAUUGGCACGUUACUGAUUGGACUCGGGUACGGUGCUCACUGGGCCAUAGUCCCAGCUACUGCAUCUGAGCUUUUUGGUUUGAAAAAGUUUGGAGCUUUAUACAAUUUCCUGACACUGGCUAACCCGGCUGGGUCACUAGUCUUCUCGGGUCUGAUUGCAAGCUCCAUAUACGACCGGGAAGCAGAACGGCAAGCACACGUGUCCGUGUUUAACCCUGAUGACGCACUUAGAUGCGAAGGUUCCGUCUGUUACUUCCUGACGUCGAUCAUAAUGUCUGGAUUCUGCGUCAUCGCUUGCGUCAUGAGCAUGAUUCUCGUGCGUCGUACCAAGCCUGUUUACACUCAUCUCUACGGCAAGUCCCGUUGA